UUUGAUUUUUAUUGGUUUUGCUUAAAGGGUCUGAAGCACCGGACUUUUGGAUUGGCUCCGUGAUCCAAUCCUCGGAAUUGUUUUAAAGAUGCAGCAUAAUCUCUUCACAACAAUGCGAAGUUUGAAGCUUGCAGAAGGUUGUAAAGGUACACAAGUUUACGCUCUUAACCCAUCAGCUCCUCCUCCGCCUCCUCCUCCUGGUAAUAGCGGCGGUGGUGGUAGCGGUGGCACCGGAGGAGGUGGAGGAGUUGGGGAUAAGCUUUUACAACACCUUUCAGAUCAUCUUCGUGUUAAUUCAGUCCGAUCUAAAUCAAGCCGGACUUAUCCUCCUCCGAAUCAAGCAAACGCUGUUGUUUCGCCGGAGUUUCUUCUUCCCUGUGGACUUCCUGUGACGGAUCUGCUUGAACCUCAAAUCGAUCCUUGUUUGAAAUUCGUUGAUUUGGUUGACAAGAUGGCUGAAGUUUAUCGGAGGAUUGAGAAUUGUUCCCAAUUUGAGAAAUCUGGGGCGUAUUUAGAGCAAUGCGCUAUCUUCCGGGGAAUUUCUGAUCCGAAAUUGUUCCGGCGGAGUCUCCGAUCGUCUAGGCAACACGCGGUUGACGUUCACGCGAAAGUCGUGUUAGCGUCGUGGCUUCGAUAUGAGAGGAGGGAGGAUGAGUUAAUUGGAACAACUUCUAUGGAUUGUUGUGGGAGGAAUUUGGAAUGUCCAAAGGCGACUCUUGUUUCAGGGUAUGAUCCGGAAUCUGUAUAUGAUCCAUGUGUUUGCUCUGGAGCUUCUAGAUCAGAGAUGAUGAAUGAAGAUGAAUGUUCUACUUCUGAGGAAGUAGACUAUGAUAUGUCCUUUUGUAUUGGUGAUGAGGAGGUUCGUUGUGUGAGGUACAAAAUCGCGUCUUUGUCAAGACCUUUCAAGGCGAUGUUAUACGGUGGGUUUAGAGAAAUGAAACGAGCCACGAUCAAUUUUACGCAGAACGGAAUCUCUGUUGAAGGGAUGAGAGCUGCAGAGAUUUUCAGCAGGACCAACAGGUUAGAUAACUUCCCUCCUAAUGUUGUCUUGGAGCUUCUUAAGCUGGCGAAUCGGUUCUGUUGCGAUGAAUUGAAAUCCGCUUGCGAUUCGCAUUUGGCACAUCUUGUUAAUUCUUUGGACGAGGCAAUGUUGUUGAUCGAGUAUGGAUUAGAAGAGGCUGCAUACCUUCUGGUGGCAGCUUGUCUUCAGAUAUUUCUUAGGGAAUUGCCAAGCUCUAUGCAUAAUCCGAAUGUUAUAAAGAUCUUCUGCAGUGCCGAGGGACGUGAAAGACUGGCAUCUCUUGGCCAUGCUUCUUUUACAUUGUACUUCUUCUUAAGCCAGAUUGCGAUGGAAGAUGAUAUGAAAUCUAACACUACUGUGAUGCUCUUAGAACGUUUGGUUGAAUGCGCGGUGGAUAAUUGGGAGAAACAGCUUGCGUAUCACCAAUUAGGAGUGGUGAUGCUGGAGAGAAAAGAAUAUAAGGAUGCUCAGAGAUGGUUUAACGCAGCAGUUGAAGCUGGUCAUCUUUACUCCCUCGUGGGCGUUGCUAGGUCUAAGUUCAAGCGUGAUCAUAGGUACUCGGCUUAUAAGAUCAUCAACUCACUGAUUUCGGAUCAUAAAGCUACUGGGUGGAUGCACCAGGAGAGGUCCUUGUAUUGCAGUGGUAAAGAAAAGCUGCUCGAUUUGGAUACAGCUACCGAGUUAGACCCGACUUUGACAUUCCCCUACAAAUUCAGGGCAGUGGCAUUGGUUGAAGAGAACCAGUUUGGAGCUGCGAUCUCGGAACUGAACAAGAUUCUUGGAUUCAAGGCCUCUCCUGACUGUCUGGAGAUGAGGGCAUGGAUUUCUAUAGGUAUGGAGGAUUAUGAGGGUGCUUUGAAAGAUAUUCGGGCGCUUUUGACAUUGGAGCCGAAUUUUAUGAUGUUUAACUGGAAAAUCCAUGGUGAUCAUAUGGUGGAGCUGCUCCGUCCGUUAGCCCAGCAGUGGAGCCAAGCUGAUUGCUGGAUGCAGCUGUAUGAUCGUUGGUCGUCUGUGGAUGAUAUUGGUUCUCUAGCAGUUGUUCAUCAUAUGCUUGCAAAUGAUCCAGGGAAGAGUCUUUUACGAUUCAGACAGUCUCUUCUCCUGCUACGGUUAAAUUGUCAAAAGGCAGCAAUGCGUAGUCUAAGGCUGGCUCGAAACCAUUCAAAGUCGGAGCAUGAGAGACUUGUGUAUGAAGGAUGGAUACUGUAUGAUACAGGUCACCGCGAGGAAGCCCUUGCCAAAGCCGAGGAGUCCAUUUCCAUACAAAGAUCUUUUGAAGCGUUUUUCCUCAAAGCUUAUGCCCUUGCGGACUCCACGCUUGACCCGGAUUCCUCAAAUUAUGUGAUUCAGCUACUUCAAGAAGCACUUAAGUGCCCCUCAGAUGGUCUCCGUAAGGGACAAGCUUUGAACAACCUGGGGAGCGUAUAUGUGGAUUGUGAAAAGCUGGAUCUUGCAGCUGAUUGCUACACAAACGCUCUCACCAUCAAGCAUACACGAGCUCACCAAGGUCUUGCACGUGUUUAUCACCUUAAAAACCAACGGAAAGCUGCCUUUGAUGAAAUGACAAAGCUAAUAGAGAAGGCUCAGAACAAUGCUUCGGCAUAUGAGAAGCGCUCUGAAUAUUGUGACCGCGAGAUGGCACAGAGCGACCUUAGCCUGGCAACACAACUUGACCCUCUCAGAACCUAUCCUUACAGAUACAGAGCCGCAGUUCUUAUGGACGACCACAAAGAAAGUGAAGCCAUAGACGAGCUUUCAAGGGCGAUAUCUUUUAAACCAGAUCUCCAGCUGUUACAUCUACGAGCAGCAUUCUAUGAUUCAAUGGGAGAAGGAGCAGCUGCUAUCAAAGAUUGUGAAGCAGCAUUAUGUAUUGAUCCAGGUCAUGCAGAUACACUCGAGCUCUACCACAAAGCUCAAAUGAUGGAUGUUAACCGAUCCCGAAGAUUGAACUUCAAUGCUCCAUUCUUGUCGACGAAGCGCCAUGUCACCCAAGAGAAGCUUCCGGGUCAGUUUCCGGAAGCUUCCGUCCCGUUUUGCUGGGAGACCGCUCCCGGGAUGCCCAAGAACUCGUCUCAUUUGAAAAAUGACGCUGAAUCCGAGACGCCCCGCCUCAAACUACCUCCUGGAAGAUUGAAGGUGCACGUUAAAGGUGAAAACGACGACUUUGAUGACGCCAGUGAGAGUUUAACACCAGCUAGAUUGUUGCAUAUGAAGAAACGCAACAAUCACGAACAUUUCCAUCAAACCAACCAAGACACGGUCGAUGUCUUGUCUCUCACGCAAGCCAUAGACAUGGUCGAACUCCCAAAAGAUAGCGUAUCGGAAUCGGAUGGGAGCAGCGGAGCAGGUGACUCAAACGGCUACUUAACUAUGGAAAGCACAGAACGAAGCGAAGACAUGUCACCGAGUUACAUAAUAGAGCGGUUUCUACCGGAUGCAGCGGCUCUAGCAGCCGUGACAUCAGCGGCUAGCCAAAGAAGGAAGAAGAAGCUCUCUUAUUUGAGUGGUGCAACCGUGAGGCAGUCUUGUUUUUCACCAAAAGCUUGUGGCUUACAUGUAUUGCUGCCUUGGAGCACUAAGCAUAGAAUCUGUGGCGUCAAAAAUGCAUUUUCUCCAUCUUCCCACGUCCACUUGCAACCCAAGUUUAUUACAAAAAAAUAACUAGUUGAAUCAAGCUACUUUUUUGGU